GUGAGAAGUCAGCACCUAAAUCUGCUCGCGGUAAUGUAUUUGAAAACAAAAAAUAAGCAAGACGAUCAAGUAAAACGGACGUUUAUUUUUAUAACAGGGAAUUUCUGAGUGUUUGCUGAAAGCGUUUGGAGCUAAAAGCACUGAAUCUGAGCUCUGGCUGAGCAAAUACACGUGAAUCUGUGAAAGUACGUUUGCAGUCUGACAGCUACAGGAAAAGUCAACAGAAUGGCUGCUAGAGCAUCACCGACAGAAGUGGAUUUCACCUGCACUGUGUGCUGUGAGAUAUUUAAGGAUCCUGUUGUGCUGUGGUGCGGUCACAGCUUCUGUAAGCACUGUCUUAAGGAUCGGUGGAGACAGAAUGGACUCCAGACAUGCCCAGUCUGUAAGGAAAUAUUUCCAAUGGCUCAGCCUCCACGUAAUCUGGCACUGAGAAACCUGUCUGACAACUUGAGACGAGAGAAGAUCAAGAGAGCUAACUCAGGAUCUAAGGACAUCUGCAGACUGCACAGUGAGAAACUCAAGUUCUUCUGUCAGGAUGAUCAACAGCUCAUCUGUGUGAUUUGUAGAGAUGCAGAAACACACAAGACACACAACUGUGUGCCCAUCAAAGAAGCAGCAGAAUCCUUUAGGGCCCAACUCAAGCUGAAGAUGAUGCAUUUAAAAACCAAACUGGGGUCAUUUAAAGCUCAUAAACUCAAGUGUGAUGAAAUGGACGUCCACAUCAAGCUCCAGGCUCAGCAGACUGAGAAGACCAUCAUAGAGGAUUUUCAGAAGCUUUACCAGUUCCUGCGAGCAGAGGAGGCUGCUAGGAUUGAUGCAGUGAGGAAAGAGGCGACACUCAAGAGUGAAGCAAUGAACAUCAGGAUUUUUAAUUUGACGGCAGAGAUCUCCUCGCUCACGGACAAAAUCAAAACCUUAGAGGGGGAGAUGAAAGAUGAGGACGUCUUCUUAAUGCUGAAUGUCAAAUCCACUAUGGAGCGAUAUCGGUGCAAGCUACCAGACCCAGAGACUCCAUCAGGAGCCCUGAUCGAUGAGGCCAAACACCUGGGGAACCUGCUGCUCACAGUCUGGAGGAAGAUGACGAACUUAAUCCAGUACACUCCUGUAAUUCUGGACCCCAACACUGGCAGCAGGACAUUGACUAUAUCAGAACACAUGACCCGUUCGUCAAACAGCGCCGAGAGUCAGCCGCUUCCUGAUAACCCAGAAAGGCUGCGCAGCACUGACGUUCUUGGCUCUGAAGGCUUUAGUUCGGGAAAACACAGCUGGGACGUGGAGGUGGGGGGCUAUUGGGCUGUUGGUGUGGCUGCUGAGGGUAACAACGAUAGAAACAUCUGGGGCAUCUACAUGUGCCCUUGCAAUGACAUUCUGCGUGAACGUACUCCAGAGGAUUAUAUGAAAGUUGUAUCUGAAGAUUCAUUUCCCCAAACGGUCAGAGUGCAGCUGGACUAUGACCAAGGGAUUCUAUCAUUUUUUGACAUUGAUAGGAAAACACCUGUACACACCAUCAAACACACUUUCACAGAAACAGUCUUUCCGUAUUUUAGUCAUGAUGCAAAAAUCCUUCCAGCUGAACUGUCAGUGACGAGAACAGACAGAUAAACAUUCUGCGUUACUGCGGAGUUCAAACAACAAGAUGAGGCCUGAUCUUAAGCGUUUAUAUGACCUAUAGCAAAUCUUUGUUGCCACAUUUUUUAUUUCUGUAUAAUACAUUUUUCAUUCUUUAUUUUUACUUUUACAAAUUUAGGUUAUGUUUCUCAGAUUUCAGUAUAGUUAGGUUAAUCUUGGUCUAUAACAUUCUGACCAAUAACAUGCUCAUCUUAGUGUUGUCAGUCAUCACGCAGGCUUUCCUUGGUUUCUAUUUGGUUUAGUCCACCUUAAAGGGACACUCCACUGAUUUUGAGCUUUGAAAGAUAUGGGCAUUUAGGAGGCAGGGACGGUCUAAUGAAAGAUGCUAUGGGGUUGCAUUAUGGGAAAUGUAGGAUCCUGUCCUUUUGGAGGUUGACCCAUACUAGGGACUAAUAGUCGGCUUAUUUUAAUCUAGUUUUUGUGAGACCCCCAACUUUAUGGAAGUACAGCACUAAAUCACAAAAUCCAUUGUAUGUUUUAAAGGGACUCAAUGGAAAAAUCAGAAAUUGUUUGCUAAAAGUGACACCUGUGGACAUUAAGUCAACAAACCGCGUUCUGUUGCUUGUGCUUGUGCUCGCACUGCGUAGACGCGAGUGAACAUCGGUAAAAACAGUGAGGCGACACACACGAGACUGAACGUUAUUGACAGGCAUGAUGUUGAUUAUCAGUAGCAACAUUAGCAAAAAAACACAAUAUCACUAUAUACUCACUAUCACAUGCUUGGCAGUAAUGUUAGCCCUCCAUGAAUCGAAAGCCCGGCCGAUGUUAAUCCUAGCGUUAACUUUUCCUGCUUCAGCCUCCCGACCGCUUUCAGAAGGCACAGGGGGAACACCGUAGUUUUGGUCUCCUGAGCCGGAGAAACAAGAUGCGGGAAACCUCUAUUGGUCUUGAGGAGCUGCAACAUUUAUUUCUGCACAAACUGCAACUUCCACUGUACAUUUACUUGAUAUUAUCAGAGCUAAACUAACUCUCUUCUGCUCCGCUGCUCGCUUGUUUUCUCACACACUUGCCGCUGCUCUCUCUCUCUUGCUUCACCACUCACUUCCCCUGUACACACACACACUUCAACAACACCAGAUCCCCCCCCCCCCCCCCCCCCCCCGACGUUGGUCCCAUUCCUGUUUUGCAAGAUGGGCUUCACUUGAUAUAACUUUGGUUUUGUUGUUCUUCCUUGGAGUUUGUGUUGGAGUCUGAGUUAUGGUGGGGGCUAGUCGUUUGUUAGCAUUAGAGGACUCUAUUUCUAACCGAAUGUCUAUGUAAGCAGGAAAUAAAGGCACUCGCGAGUGGGCAUGAUGUCACAUCCGAUUUUAUCCAAAAGAAACAGCCCGUAUUCCUCACAUUUAAAGUAGUCUACAGGCUGAUAAAGGAAACCUAGGAAGUUUAAUUUUUUAGGUUAGGUUACAACCCAUUCACACAUUGUCAAUACAAUUUUUCGAAAAAUGUUUAUACAUGAAAAACUUACAUACAGUCCCUUUAAGUAGAGUGUGUGAUUUACAGGUUGAUAGAGGUAAGGCUGGUUAUUUGAAUCUGUAAAAAGUUUGUAGUUCAUCAUUUUGUGAUAUGUUGUAAAUAUAAGGUGAAUGAAACGUACUUUUGGAGUUUAUGUAAAAAUGUUAUCAGACUAUGAUUAAGACAAUUUUCCUGUUUGUAUAAUGUUUCCUUGUUUUUGGGGAGUUCUUGCUUAUGUGAACUGAUGGUCUAAGGAUGGAGGGUGUAGGCCACAGAUUUCUUUUUUUUUUAUUAUUAUUUUUGAGUUAAAUUUGGGAUUUGGGCUUUAUAAAAAAAAGUGACUUAACUUGUAUGUGCUGCAAUAUCAGUCAAAAUGUAUAUCAAGUAUUUUAAGUAAUUUCUUAGAGAGCUGUUUCGGUAUACAUGUCAACUGUUGUGUAAUGAAGGCAAUAGUCAUAUGAUGCUAGCAUCUAGUGUGUUAUGGUCCAAUUACGGAUCAUGCAUGGAGGGUGUCCAUGCUGAUGACUGAAAAAUGUAAACUAUAAUCCAUCUAAAAACAAACAAAUAAACAAAAAUACAGCUCUCA